UUUUUUUAAAGUGUUGAAUGGUUGAAAAAAAUGUAAUGUGAUAUUUAAAGAUAAAAGUUUACAUUAUAAUUUCUAUUCAUUAAGUUUGAUAAAGUUAAACUUAAACUUUAUUUUAAACGUUAUUUUAAAUAAAUAUCGAUAUUUUGAAAGCUUUACAAACUGAACUGAACUUACUUGCUUCAAACAAAGUUAUUAAGAAUUUUCAAUAUAUUUUUUCUGAUUUAAUAGAGAAAAAUGUUUAAAACAGAAAUGGGAACCCCUAAUAGCCAAGAUUUGGACCUUUUUGGCCUGGAGGUGGAACACACUUUUUUGCCAGUUGUUGGUAAUGAUUUUAACCUUUCCUCUUACUUGAAUGGGGAUGCUAACUCAGAGGAAACAUUAGAUGUAGGCACUAUAGUGGUGCCGCCUGAUUUCAAACUUAUUGCACCAGCUCCAUUUAUCCCGUUAUCACCUCGUGGUCCUCCUUCAAGGAAGGAUGAGUCCGAGUUAAGCAACUUCAUUGUUGAAAUUGAUGGAUCUCAUACACAAAAGAAAAAGUUUUUGUAUUCCCACAUGUUGAACCGAAUAUACGUGCAAAUGGGGGUCAAUUUCUCUGUGAACUUCAACUGGGACGUGAGCAAGGUGCCGCAAAUGCAGAUGUACGUGCGAGCCACCGUCGUUUUCGCGGACGCCAACCAAGCUGAGAAGCGCGUGGAGCGAUGUCUGCAGCAUGCGCACGUCACUUCCAACACACAGACCACAGAUGAAGUGGUGGUACACAACGUGCUGAGGUCGGCGAGAGAUAUCGGAGAUCCGAAUGUUUAUUACUGCGGCAACCGCGCCGAGACCGACUGCUGGUACUCCGUGGUGGUGCAGUUCAACGGACCCACUGGGCAUGCUUACAACUUCGUGUGCAGUAACAGCUGCAGCUCGGGCAUCAACCGGCGAAACAUUGAUGUCAUCUUUACACUGGAGGAUGCUAGCGGCGUAGUGUACGGGCGGCAGAGUGUAGGGGCCCGCGUGUGCUCGAGCCCCCGCCGCGACAAGCAGCAGCAGGAGUCCGAGGCGCAGCUGGCGGGCGGCAAGCGACGUAAGCGGCCCCAGGACCAGCCCGCCGAAGACAAGACCAAGAAGAUCAAGCUGGAGGUCGUCAGCGACACCCAACAAGUUGUCACCUUACCAGAGAUCGAAGUAGUGGGAUCGCACGCUGCUCUGAACAUUCUCAGACACGCGUACAAUUUGAUGGAGACCCAGCGCUCCACCGCGCACUCCUACCAGCAGCCCGUGGAAGAGUUCGACAGGUGCAUCGCCAACCUGAAGAAAAUGAUCGAUGAAUUUGAAUGUAAGAAGUGAUAUUUGAAUCACUAAAUACUUAUAACCCGUCAGCAUUAACUUGACACCUGGCUAUUGGCAUUGCAGACACAUUCGAGGCAGGUGUCAAAUUAAUCCGCACGAGCUGUACUUGUCGUUUAUACUUAAAUUGGUUUUAAGGUCCCAGUAUAAGCCAACCUUUACCGAGUUGGUUAACCUCUUGAACGUUGGAUUAAACAUAUUUUAUAUCAAAUUAAAUAAGUCAAUAGGCUAUAUGACACUUUCAAAGGUCUUAAAUUGUUCAUUAUAGUUAUACUAGAUUGGAAAAAAAACAUAAUUUUUUGAGAUGUUAUUAGGAAUAUAAAAUUUUUUAUUUUUAAAUAUUUUUUUGACAAUAUGAGCCAAAACGCUGUCGGCCAUGAUGGCGUAUAUUUUAACUGUUUCAUGACGUCACGUUAACAAAUCCAUUAUUAACAAUUAGUUUGACGUUCAGUGCAUCAACAAACGUGACGUCACAAAAUGGACGAGCGUUUCUGAUGUUUGAAUAAUUUGAAAAUAUGUACAUGAUUAUUAAAUUAAGUGUAGGAAAUAGUAGUCUAGAGGGUUAUUAUGUCAGGUGGCGCGACUUGUUUCUGUAAAGAGUUGGGAGUUUGAGAGGGGUACCCAUCAGGCGGGAACGACUUGUGAUUUAUGGCGCUCGCCUUACGGUCGUCUUCAGUGUACUCGUGGCGUUCGAGCCGUCCACAUUUCUCGUUGUGUAAUUCUUUAUGGGUUAUUUGGGAUAGGCGGGGAGAAUGACUUGAGUGGAAAAGGGGAGUGUUUUUUAAUUAUCAAAGAUGUCUUUAACCCUACACACAACGUUCACAAGUGCGUGACUCCACUCAAGGUCAUUCUCUGCCAUUCUAGGGUCUUAUUCUGGUUAUAGUUUGAUUUGUUAAUUAAGUUGUCCUGACAAAUGUCGUGAAUGUGAACCUUUGUUAGACAUUAGUUUUCUUAUUGUUUGUAAACCACUUCUGAGUCUGCUAAAAUAAGUUUUAUAAGAAAUCCGUAACUUUAAUUAAUUAAUAUCGAUAUAUUUCGGACCCUUAUUCCGUGUACUAUACGAAAUUAAUAUUGUUUAUAUUAAAUUUGAUCAGACUCAACUACCCUGUUAUGUUGCAAAUGGGUUGAUUAAAAAUUGCAGUCCAAAAAACGAAAAUAUGAUUAAAAUAUAAUAAUUUAAUUUUUUUAACAUUUACUGGCUCACAUCUUUAUUGACUUAUUUAAUUUGAUUAAAAGAAACUUUUCAUCCAAUAACCAGCUCGGUGAAUGUGGUUGUGUUUUUUGAUAUUUUUCUUGAUUAGGUAUACAAUAAGAUAGACAAUUUAUAGCUCUAAGGCAUUGUACAAUAUUUUCAGUAAAUAAUAAUUAUGAAACAAAAGGGAUGAUAAAAAUUGGGUAUCUAUAAUAUGCCCCCUUUUCACUUUGGCCAAUACGCACUUUAAAUUGGCCAACAUUGUGGCGAAUAUUGUGAUUGUUUCAAAACCUACACUAUGCUCAGACCAAUUAUUGUAUAGGACCUGCCGCGCUAUAGCUUGGCAACUUCGUUCAUAUCACCCGAUGGUCCGCGCGGGCCGGGGGGCGUUUAGCGAUGAAUGAAAAACCUACGACUGAUGCACCUCACUUCCCCGCACGCACGAUUUUACACCCUGGCAACGAACUUGCCAGGCUAUAGACGUUACUUUUCUGUCAAAGUAUAUGAUCAACGAUCUAAUGCGAUUAUAAAAACUGUCUAUAGUAUCGAUGUUUCAUAGUUGUAUUCAUGUUCGUUGGUUAAAGAGCUCUGUAAAAAUACAUUUUUGUGUAGUCCGAGUGGUGUAAAAAACGGGCAAAUACUUCUAGUUUAUUAUAAGAUAUAUACACCAAAUCUCAUUUUCCUCUGAUAAUGACAAACAAUUUUGGUCGUCAAUUUGGGUGCGAUACUGGGGUCCUUCUAUAAUUGGUCUGAGGCACUACGUGAUAGACAACAUAUUGGCCAAAGUGAAGAGGGAGAAUUAUAGCUUGGCAACUUCGUUCGUAACACUACCAAAGUAGCGCACGGGGCGGAGGGCAUGUAGCGAUGAAUGAAAAACCCACGACUGAUGCACACUUCCCCGCACGCACGAUUUCACACACGCGCAGUCUUUCCGCCCUUCGCCCGCAUACCAUGGAAGUGUUAUCAGCAAACUUGCUAUAGGAACAAAGUGUCCUUACUUGGUGUUCAAAUAGACAUACCAAAAAUAAAAUUUAAUUGAAGUUUUGCUCGAAUUUUUAAUGUGGUUCAUACAAAAUUGUUUUCGUUGUUUAGGAAGUGCUUGGUUUAUUUAGAUUUCUACUAUAUGGUUAUGUUUAAUGAAUGGUAAAACCCUAUAAUAAAGUUAUACAUUCCGCCUAUGAUAAGCAUUACCCACCGUAUUCCUUACUUAAUAAUGGUGCUUAAAACUGUAGAAAACUUUGGUUUUAAACCUGAUUUCUUGUGCUUUAAAAAUGUUCGAAACCUAGGGAUUUUAAAUCAUGCUCGAAACAAACAAAA